UCGGGCUAGCUCUACUAAAAAAGGCUUUUCUACUCAAGGAUUUGAUGGGUGACUUCAGUUGCAGAGAAGUGCUGCUGUUUCUGCCCUGGGCAUGGAGAAACAUCUGCCAGUGAUGUCUUAAGUUUUAGCUUUCAUGUUGUUCAGAUUCUGUGCUGCCUAGGGCUAUAGUUCUGAGCCUCAUAUUAAGUGCUAGUGAGCUCUCUUUAGAGAAUAGGUAGACAAAACAAAUCCUUUUCCAGAUGGAGACUAAGGACAACUGUUAUAAGUUUUCAGGCCCAAAAGCACAAACAAUGGUGGACUGAAGAGAGAAGACAAGAAGGAUGAGACUUCAUAAUCUGAAGCUAUAGUUGGACAAUUGAACCCAAUAUGCAAAUGGACAAAACUUACAAAAGUGUGAGACCUCGUGACCGGUCAUCCAUUUUGUGACCAUUUUAAGUCCACCUUGGGUGUAGCCUUGGCCAGGCUCUUGAACUGCCCAAGGUGUACCCUUAAAGGCCUUUUAAUAAAAACCUGCUUUAUUUUCUUAGCUCUGUCUAAUCUCUCUUCCAGGUCAGCCUUCUCAAGGCAUCACCAAGAGUACUUUCCAAAUGUGAUGCUAUUUCCGAAUAGGAGGAGAAUAAUAGGAAGGCAUGCAUCCUACACAGAAGAACAAAUGAAAUUGAGAGAAAAUAAGUUUCGCAUUUCUUCUUGGUUCAUCUGACUAAAAUAAAGGCACAGUUCUUCUUUAUGUGUCUGAGUAUGUGCUUUUACAGCAUCAUCAAAGGAAACACACGGGAUUCAAAAUAAUUGAGAAAAUCAAACAGCUGUGUUAGCAAAAAAAAAAAAAAAAAAAAAAAAAAAAAAAAAAAAAAAAAAAAAGGGAGAUAAUGAAAUGUGUUUUCCUUCUCAGAAUCAGAUGACCAAUAUGUUUAUAGAAGGAUCUGAAGCACAUCCAUAUUAAACGUUUUCACAUUGUGCCUGACUCUGCCAGUACACAGCCACUGGCUACCUAAACUCCAUCUGUGGGCCUUGUCUGACAGUGACCCAGUGUUAAAACAAAUAGUUUGAAGAGACAGGAAGUUUAAGCAAGCAUUCACCAGCCUGUCUCUGACAGUGGUAUUAAUAUCUUCAUGUCUUGAAUGUAAUUUAAGGAGGUGAAAACUUCAUCAUCUCUUCUCUGUUUUGGACAUCAAAAUACACCAUGUAUUUCUACCUCAGAAAAAUGAAAAGUCAGAAAUAUUUGAAGUAUAUAGGAAAGGACAAUCCAGAUUAUUUUUUAGGACCCCUAAUGACUGUCAUUAGCAAUAAUAAUUAUUAAAUAAACCUGUGGAGAAAAAAACUUUAAAAAGGAAUAUGAGAAAAAACUUGCUAAUUGUGAGACAUUUUUAGAUGUUGAAGAGUUUUGUGGGAUGUGGCAGAAACUACAUGACGUGGAACAUUUAAAAUUUGCCAAACCAAAGCAUUCAGAAACAGACAUACAAUACAAGGCAUUUUUUGUAUCGUUGGGGUUCAACUGGUUAUCUGCUCUCUAUUUCCAAAGAUCCCCUUUAGAGAAAAAAAAGAUAUUAAAUACAGUUAUGUACCAAAAAUUUCUCUUAUUUUCUUUUUCAGCACAAAUUGAAGUGAUACCAUGCAAAAUUUGUGGUGAUAAAUCCUCUGGAAUACACUAUGGAGUCAUCACAUGUGAAGGCUGCAAGGGAUUCUUUCGGAGGAGUCAGCAGAACAAUGCAUCCUACUCCUGUCCAAGACAGAGAAACUGUUUAAUUGACAGAACCAACAGAAACCGUUGCCAACACUGCCGACUGCAGAAAUGUCUUGCCCUGGGAAUGUCUCGAGAUGCUGUGAAAUUUGGAAGAAUGUCCAAAAAGCAGAGAGAUAGCUUGUAUGCUGAAGUGCAGAAGCACCAGCAGCGGCUGCAGGAGCAGCGGCAGCAGCAGAGUGGUGAGGCAGAAGCCCUCACCAGGGUUUACAGCAGCAGCAUCAGCAAUGGCUUGAACAAUCUGAAUAACGAAACCGGCAGCACCUACUCAAACGGGCACAUCAUCGAUCUGCCGAAGUCCGAGGGCUACUACAACGUGGAUUCUGCCCAGCCCUCCCCAGACCAGUCGGGGUUAGACAUGACUGGAAUCAAGCAGAUAAAGCAGGAACCUAUCUAUGACCUCACCUCUGUACCAAACUUGUUUACCUACAGCUCUUUCAACAACGGGCAAUUAGCUCCAGGGAUAUCCAUGAGUGAAAUUGACCGAAUUGCACAGAAUAUCAUUAAAUCUCAUUUGGAGACAUGUCAAUAUACAAUGGAGGAAUUACAUCAGCUAGCAUGGCAGACCCACACAUAUGAGGAAAUAAAGGUUUACCAGAGCAAGACGAGAGAAGCCCUGUGGCAGCAGUGUGCCAUUCAGAUCACCCAUGCUAUCCAGUAUGUGGUGGAGUUUGCAAAGCGCAUAACAGGCUUCAUGGAGCUCUGCCAGAAUGACCAAAUUCUCCUUCUUAAGUCAGGCUGCUUGGAAGUGGUUUUGGUGAGAAUGUGCCGUGCCUUCAACCCACUUAACAAUACUGUUCUGUUUGAAGGAAAGUAUGGAGGGAUGCAAAUGUUUAAAGCUUUGGGUUCUGAUGAUCUAGUAAAUGAAGCGUUUGACUUUGCAAAGAAUUUAUGUUCCUUACAGCUGACUGAGGAGGAGAUUGCCUUGUUUUCAUCUGCUGUUCUAAUAUCACCAGAUCGAGCCUGGUUGAUAGAGCCAAGGAAGGUUCAGAAGCUUCAGGAAAAGAUAUACUUUGCACUUCAACAUGUUAUUCAGAAGAACCACCUCGACGAGGAGACAUUGACAAAGUUAAUAGCCAAGAUACCAACAAUUACUGCACUUUGCAACUUGCACGGAGAGAAACUGCAAGUAUUUAAGCAAUCUCAUCCUGACAUAGUGAACACACUGUUUCCUCCAUUAUACAAGGAGCUUUUCAAUCCAGACUCAACCACUGGCUGCAAGUGAAGGGGAUAAUAGAAUUUUCAUGUAGUCAUGGAAUGCAUCACUAGUAAGACAAAAAGAAAUGUUUUCAUGAAGAAAUUAUUAAAAAUGUCACUACUGCAACACUAGGAAUGUCCUGCACUUAAUAGAAAUAUUUUUCACCGCUACAGUUUGAAGAAUGUAAAUAUGCAACUCUGAGUGGGGAUGUCUUUUUUCUCUUUUGUUUACUUUUUUUUUUCAUUUUUGAACUGACAAUGAAUAUACAAAUAUAGGACACUGGGUGUUACCUUUGUUUUUUUUUAAUUUACUUUUAUUGGGAGAUGUUUUGGGAGUCAAGUGUUCCUAGAAUUUUAUUGUAGAUAUACAUGAUAAUAGAGCAGUACUUUGCAGUAUUACUCUUGAUGUUCAUUAUUCAAAUAUCAUUUAAGAAAAUUCCACUUAUUAUUAUCCACUGCCUAGUUCUAUGUUUUUAGAUAGUUUAUUGCAUGUGGAAAUUUGUAGCUGUCUUGGAAAUUAUGGUGCAUAUAUGGAAGACACACACUCACAUAUAUAUAUACACAUAAAUGUAUGUAUGUAUGUAUAUAUGUAUGUAUGCAUUAUAUGCAUACAUGCUGUAACUUAAAAUCACAUGCCUACAUUUAAAGGAUGCUCAACACAGCUGUCAUGUAUUUCUUACUCUCCAAGUAAUGUAUUAGAUUUACUUUGGGCAAUCAAGAUUUGCUUUGCCAGAAUUAAAUUUUCAGCUGCCAAUGUGUAAUGACAGGAUCACUUCUGAGAUGUGUGUAAUGUAGUGCAUGUGUGCUGUGUGUAAAUCAAACAUCAGGAAUGUAUCACUGGUGCAAAAGCCUUGUCUGGAUGGUUUUAGUGAAAAGUGGGAUAGGAUUGGGGUUUUUUUUUAUUCUCUCACUGUUACAGAGAUAGAACAUAUAUAAAAGUGAACAUAGUAGGACCCGAUCUCAGUAAAGUAUCUGAAACAUGGAGGAAAAGUGUAGACAAUCCGAUAUGUACAUUUUUCUGAUUUCACAUAUGAUUUUUUUUUAUAUAUACUGCUUUGAAAAUGAGCUUCAAGUCUUGGUUUGUUUUUUGCUGAACUCAUUAGAAGGAUAGGUAGUGAGGACAGUGAAAACCUUAGCAAGCCUAAAACGUAUCUCUGAAGAGGAAGGAAAGGAGGGAAGGAGGAGGAAAGUCAACAGUGAAUGAAGUCCAUGGUUACAAAGAACAGUAUAAUUGUCACUCUUUCUGACAGUGAUCAUCCAGAUGGGACUGAUGGUUUCCAUUACACUCAUACAUCUGUUUAUGUUUUAAAUACAUGCAUAUAAGUAUGUAUAUAUCUGUAUGUAUAUAACUGUAUAUAUAUGCAUAUAUAGGAUUUAUUUUAGAUGCAUUUCAGGAGUGGAGCAAAAGACUGGAUCUUUCUUUUUAUCUAUCUCUGAAUUGAGUGUACGUGCAUUUGCUUGCAAAACCAAAGGCAAACACAGAGGGGAGUGGAAGGCUACCAUGGACUUAAUCUUGUGGAUUAAUUAAGUUUAAUCAGCAGUCAUUAUUAAUGUAUCUGCAUUCUGCCAGUACUACAAAAUAUAGAUGUUUUAGCUGUGAAAGAGGGAUUCAGUUUCUGCUACAUCUCUCUUUACCACCACUUUUACCCAUUGUGAAUUUUUGAGAGCAGUCUCCUCCUGGGAUGCCAGCAGAAGGCAUAGAGCAGAAAUAAGAAGAUGCAGGCAAUAGAGAAGAAAGGAAGUGAAGGCAGGAUCACAAGCAGAUGUGUUUCUUUAUUUCAAACCACACAGAAGCCAGUGCAAUCUGAGGCAAGGCAAGGGGAAGCACAAAGGACUUGCCCAUUUGCCAGGCUCAUGGAGAGGCAGUGUCACAGGGAGCCCACAGGGACACAGGUGGGCCCUAGGGUGAGUGAAGAAGAUCAGUCUGUUGUAGUGAUAGUUUAAUGCCUUGUGCAGCUCUCAAGAUUCUCUUUUCUGCAUGAGCAGAUAAUUCACAGUCUACUUCAAGUACUUUGUGGAGCUCUCCCUUGCCUUCAUAGGUCAGUUUGCAAGUUUGCAUAUGCAUUUUGUGGCAGUAUUGAGUCUAGAGAAUAUCACAAUUUGUUUGUUCUAUUUUAGGAAUGUCAGAACAGGUACAAGAGUAGUUAAAACUGUCAGCUAAUAAAUGUUUCUGUGCAGGUCCAUUACAACUUAGAAAAAAAACCAAGAAAAAUCUGUCCAGCAAAUUUAGUUGUGAGAAUUUUGUUGCAAAUGUGCUAUACUCGUCAAAACUGCUACAGAACAGCAAUUACUAAAGUUACCUUUAUUAUUCCAAAUUCAGAGCACAUUUCUCUACUGCUUACAUUAAAAUGUCUUCAAUUAAUAUAAUAAAGCAACGCUCUUGAUGCUUCUUUAUACCACUUAACUGGAAGACUGACAUUCCUUUAUAAGGUGAUUUACCUGUUUGCAGCCCUUCUUGUAUGGCAAAUGCACGAAAAGGAUCCCAAAUUUCAAGUAUAUCAAAACUUAAUAUCUACAUACUCUUUAUCUAGAUUCAUUGGAGAAAAAACCAAGUCAUGCCGAACUCUAGAUGUGAUCAGUUUUAGUUUCAGGGUAUUCGUGUUUUCAUUGAUUUCCCAACACAGGAACACACACAUACUGUUUGAAAUAUUUUAUAAAUUCAUUUUCAGUAUAUCAAAAGUAUAUAUUUAUCCAACUCAUAGAAGUAUAGAAUAAGUGAUAAAUACUACUGUUCAUAGUGCUGCUUAAUAAAGAGGUUUGUCAUGUUUAUAAAUCGUCCUUCACAAUUGUGUGUUACAUGUUGAAAAUGUUGUUUUCUUCUCAAAUAAGCUAAUCACUCCUUGGGAUUUUUGAAUUACCUCUCAGGCAAGGUAUCUAAAUGGAGGUCACCAUUGAAAAAGACACUAAUCAUUAUCUGCAGGGCCUUUAAUCCUUAAAGCACUAUUCUUAUAUCUACAAUGUCAUGACCUUUCCAAUCAGUAAUGAUUGUGGCCACAAUUUAAAGAGGUGGAAAUUAAAGAAAAAAGGUUAAAUGACUUGUCAGAGACCACAAAGGUAGAAAUAUCCAGUUUAGAAAUAAAAGUGGAUUCUUUAGGCUUUUGUCCUAGAACUUCUAGUACUCCGGCAUACAAUAUCUUUGUUGUCGUGGAUAGGCAAUAACUUCUACUAAGAAUUCCAAAUAUGGCCAAACACAUUUUCGUAACUAUUAGUACAGGAUUUGAGCAAAUAGUGUAGUUGUUUAUUUGGAAAAUGAAAAUUCAUUUUCAAACAUUAUUUAUUUAUGGGACUGGACUGGGGUAACUGCAAUUAGAUUUUAUUUAAUUUUCUGUCAUUUUUGGCUUGGCCACAUAAGUAUAGUACCUCUUUUGCCGUUUAUUGACUGAGCACAGAAUAACAUAUAAUGAUCACCUGCCACGACCUGGAUUUUUGUGUUUGGUUUUUCUGACAUAGUCACUUGCACUCAAAAUUUCAAAUUCUUGAUAUUGGAUUUCACAUAUUCAAGUUAUCCAUGGGCUUUCAGGGAUAAAAUAGCGUGAAUUUUAGUAACUAACUUCAUAAUUUACCAUAUUAGUUUUUCAUUUUAGUUUGUUUUUGCUUUCAGUAGUCCACGGUAGAAUCUGAUGUAUUUCAAGUGUCUAAAACUAGAAUUUGUGACAUCUUCUUUCUGUAGUAACUGGAUAUGUUUGUUGAUAUUUUUAGUGACAAGCUUUUCAAAUGAGACAUGGUUUUUAAUGUUUGAUUAACCUGGGACCUGUAACAAAAGGAUAUUUAAAGCAUAUAUUUAAAGCAUGUAUUGAAUCUACUACUUCCAGCAUUGCUUUCCAGUAUUUCAACUAUACUAUGCUAAAUUAUCCUUGGCAUUGAGGAAGCAGAUGUACAGUGUUCAUUAUACUACCACAAAGACUUUAUUUUGCUGUAAAUAUCACUCCUGCCUGCUCUUUUUAUAAAGAAUUAAUUCCAAGAUUCAUAUUUCCUUCUAAAGGAAAUUGCUAGAAAAGAAACAUGGUAGUAGCAGGCACCUCAGUUGAGGUUGCUUUGUUUCCAAAAGCAGCAUGUGGUUUUUGAUUGGCUUGUGACCGACAGAAUUAAGGAAUUGAUUCUGCAAGUUCUCAGACACUUCUCUCUAACUAGAGUUACUAAAAAUUUGGGCAUUACAGCAAAGAAGAUGCUGAACCAAUCAUAAGAUUGGAGGCCCUUGACAUUAAGAGGUCCCUCUUGAGCUUUGUUGAGCAGAAGGCAGAUGUUACUCUCAUAAAUGCUUUCACUUCAUACUCUGUGUUGCUCAUUUCAGCCCAGUUUCACAGGGGUCAGUUUAUUUUCAUGUUGCACCUUGGGCACCAGUGCUGUUUCAAUACCUGUGCCAGGUUAUGGUGCUGAGGUGGAGCAGCUACCAGACCUGCCCUCGAAGAUGGGCUUUGGUAUGUGAUUUUCUUUGUUCAAUUUCAUGGUGGCAGCUGGCACAGGGGGUGUGCUUCCCUUUGGGACAGCACAGUUUGCAGGAUUUUUGAUGUAACAACUUCUACACAAAGAGGAUGCAAAGCUGCUCCUGUGUGCUAGCCUCUUGGCCUCCCACCAUCAGGCUGCACAAGCUUCUCUAAGAUUGCAGCAGUCUCACAAAUUGGUCAGGCAGCUUAGUUAGAGAUGUGCAGCUGAUGACUCCUUUCCCUGUUGACUUUUCUACCCUUCUGAAACUGUGCUUCCACAUCAUUUGAAAGAUGUUCAGGCUCCCUCCUGAGUCUGCAUUGAUUGUGCUGUUUCCAGAAGAGCUAAGGUCCAGCCUGGAAGCUGGUUCCUAUUAUCAGUCAUUGUCUUUUGUUCAUCCCAGGAGUAUAGCACAUAAGAUCAAACAGAAACACGGAAGAUUUCUGGGUUUUGUCCAGUUCAUGAUGUCUAAGGAUGUAUGAAAUGGAACCCUGAGACACAACAGCUUGCUUUUUCCUGGCUGUAAAAUAAUAAUGUAUUUACACCUACCAGCCUGUCCCAGCACCUUCUGCCUCCACUCUAGAAAUGAAAUCCUGUCUCUGACAUACAUUAGGAACAGUGUGCUGGAGGCCCGAUCCUCUUCUUUGCUCUUUGAGUUUCAUGCUUCGUAAAUGACAAUCACUGCUUGAUGCAAACAUUGCACUCUAUGCCACUCAGGGAUGUUUCAUUACUAAAAAUAACAUUACAAAUACAACAGUGAUAAUACAGAAGAGAAUGUUAGAGGCUUUGAAGGGCAUGGGUUGAGCUGCCCAACUGAACAUGACCCAGACAAGGCUUUCAAGCCGAUGAUUAGAAAUAACAUUGGUAUAAACUGAAUUCACUGUCAGCAUUUCGCCAGCUUGAUCUGUCAGAUUUUGCCUGUUAUUUCACAGUCAGCAGAGUCCUGCUGACCCAUCAGCUCAUAAUGUUAAGGUCCUUUUGGGAACAAAAUGCAAGCAAGCUUUGUAUGAAUUACUGAAUUUAGACAACUGACAAAGUUUCAAAGUACUCAAAUUUAUGUACCAUUAAUGUGAGGUCAUAUUCAGACUUGCUGCAGGCAAGUAAGGGGAAAGGUUAAGACAUGGAAUAAGUGAUAGUCAGCAAUUACAAGAGCACCAAGCUAGGACAUGGAGAAGGACUGUGAAGAACAAGUAGACAUGAGCAAGUGGCUAAUAGCUACCAUUUUCUCUCAGGGAUGCACAAAAUCAUAGCUAGCCCACGACUCUGUAGCAAUACUUCUCUGUGGUAUGAUUAGUCCCUUUCUCACAUCAAGAAAACAUUACCCCAUUUUAUACUGUGCUAGUGAAAAGUACUCCCACUUCCUAGAGUUUUGAAAUGUGCUUAUCCCUAGCUUUACAUCAUGGAUUUUCUAUCAUUACAAGAACACACACAGAAGGAUAAAUUGCGGUGGAUUAUAUUGCCAGUCAUUCAGUUAAUUCCAUGUCUUCAGCCAUGAGGUUUUCCUCAGCUCUGAAUAUGAUCAUUGCUCUUGUUAUCACAGUUAGUAUGUAUGGGUUUUGACUCCCUCAAUCCUCUGAACUCUCUCCACCUAGAAGACUGAUGGACAGCUUCAGGAGGUGGAGAGACCAGCAUCCCUAUGCAUCAGGAUUUUCAUCAUCAUAUUCUUCACCAACCAUCCCAUUGCAAUUUUUAUUUUAAUCCUUCAGGUUGCUAGGAACAAUGUCCAAGUGACUGAAGUUCUUGUUAGCAUGAUAGUAUCCCAUUUAAAAAUUCAGUCUUAUGGUCAGAGGAUCUUGCCUCUCUUUCCUUUUCCUUUUACUCCAAGCUCCUAGUGAAUGAAGCUUGGAGUGGUAAAAAUUACUCAUCUUCAUUCUUUCUGAGAGAGUUGAUCUGUACUUGCAACCUGCAAGGGAGGUUCCACCCAGAUGGCAGGAAGCUAGCUCCUCCUCAGACUUUCACUUAGCUGUGUUGUCCCCAUGCAUUGUCCCUGCAUGCAUUGUCCCUGCAUCUGUUGUCCCUGCGUGACUCCGUGACAAGGAGCCCAACACUUCAGUCAGUUAUCACCCCAGAAGUUGUUUGCAGCUCUAAAAGCCACUUGUGUAUGCAGUCUGCAGACAAGGGUCACUGUGGAAAGAGGAGGCCUAAAGCUUCCAGAGUGGUAGCUCACAGAUCAGCAACUCUCCUAAAAAGGCAGGCUGAACAUCCAGUGGCGGCUGUGUGUGUGCCCUCUAGAUGAUCCUUGCAUUGCAUUUCUGUUGGGAGGAUAAGGCAAUGAACACGGUGCUCUGGGAAAGCAGAGGUAUUUCCUGGGUGUUACUGCAGGCAGCGAGGAUAACACUGCUCACAGUGAGUUCAGUAACAUGAUGUACUACAUUUGCAUAAUUUCAUCAUCCUCACAAUUCAAGCACAGCACAUAGGGAAAGUGAAAGAAAACAGCAUUGGUUAUAGCAGCAAUAAGUAAAUUGUAAGUGUUUCUUUGUAACUGUACUUGCAGAAAUUGUUUGCUUUGCACGUGGUCUUCUGUACAAUAACAUAAAGAAAAAAUUCAACUAAUGUAGAUAUCACAGUGAUUUUGCAUUUUUUUGAUUCUUUUGGAUAUAGCUGCUAAUUUAUGAAUGAAGAUACUGCUGUUGAGAAAAUUUUUUUGUGCUUCAAGAAAAUGCUGAGGUCCUUGCUUGUGACUAUACAUUGACAGCAGUAAUGUAUGUUCAACAUAAGACUGUCUGGAGAGAAUUUUAAAAAGUGGCUCCUAGUUUUCAGUAUUGGGAACACACUGGCCCUUAUUUGGGCAACAGGAAUACAACUGCAUUGAACCACAAGCAGGAGCAGAUGGUUAACCACCAAGAACAGAAAAGGACAGGCUUUACCUUGACAACUGUUUCAGAUAAAACCAGCUUAUUUUAAAAAAUAAAAAAAAAAAUUAAAAAAGCACUUAUAUUUGUCUUGAUUAGACACGCAGCUUAAUAAGUCAAAGUAACUACAUUAGGCUGUUGACUAUGGGGAUUCAGAUUCAGAUGCACUACAUUUGUGGUUUUUUUAAUGUGUCACUUCAAUGUCAGAAUCAGGCAAAAAAGGUGUUUUGUUGUUAGUAAAAAAAGCUAAUAAUCAUUUAACCCUACGGAGUGUGGACCACACAUUCUCGUGCAGUAUAUGGGGAUUUAUUCGUGCACUUAUUUUUAAAAUGCCACUGAGUAGCAUAGCCAGUGAACUAGCCAUGAUAGUCUUUGCCUCUUGUGUGACUGCCAUGUGACCUCUAGUACACUUUGGAGAGCGGCUCUGUGAUUGUACUUGUGGCAACAAAUAAAGCACAACGGAACUCUAAGCUGUUGUCAACAGUCAGCUAAAUCAGAUACACUGGGUAUUUUGAAAUUUAUGUUAAUUGCUAUGAGAUAAUUCCCAUGUUAAACUAAUUACUUCAGUUGUAAGGAAUGGACAAUAUAAAGAAUAUAGGAAUCGUAAUAGCAACAAAAUCCCUUAUUUUACAGCUGCACUCUCUGCCUCAUUUGAUUAACACUAAAGAAGUUACUUAAAAACUAAACAAACAAAACAAGAAGAAAGAAACCUGAGUAUGUAUUGUAGAAAUGUAGAAGAAAAAUAAAAUAUUUUUUCAUAUGUAAUUACUUUUAAUAUAUGCUUGUGGAAGAUCCAAUACUAUGUAUGCUGUCUGUAAUUUUUGCUGUAAAUAACUUGGGACAGUGAAUACACUGAUUUUUUCUAUGUCUCUGUUUAAACAUAAGACUUUGUAAUGUUGGGUUUUUUUAAAGAGGAAAAACAUCGAAGAGCAAAUUAUGUACUUGCUUCCUGUAAGUGUAAUGUACUCUUCAGUUUUUAUGGAAACUGAUUGUAAUAGAUCAACCAGCCGUUGAUAUUUAGUGUAUGCUUCUGUUCGUAAUUGGGAAAAAAAAUGUGGGAUUGUCCAUGAAACGUGAUCCCAGCAAGUCUGUUCAGUGAGUAUUAUAAUAAUUCCUGCGGACUGCAUUUGUCUGAUUUGAAGAAAAGUUGUUCAAGCAAAUAAUGCUUCCUUAUAGCAUAUGACUUUUAUGAAUCCUUCUGACAUGACUUAUAUUAAUAGAAACGUUUCUCUCUUUCCAAUGAGCAAAAUAUUUUUGUAUGCCUUUAAUUUCCUACUCAGAUUUGAGGUCAGGUCACACAUUAGCUGUAAUCUGAAGCCAUAAUUGAUCUUCACCAAAUGCACGUUUUAAAGAUGAUAAUGGAAACAAGAAACUAUGUCCAGUUUAUCAACAGCUGUAAUGUAGUACAAGCAGGAGCAUAAAUAAUGAGCAAAGUAUUUAGAUGCUUUUCUGGCAUCCAAAUGUGACUUAAAUGGCUAGUAUUUUGUGAUUACCAAUUUAUAAAAAAAUAAAAACAUAAUUAAGAUAGAUAUUUAGAUUUAAAUGAAGCUUUCUAAUAUUUUUGAAAUAUCCCUGAAAAUGCUUUUAGGAUUAUGAGAAGAAAUGAUUUUUCAUAUACUUCCCACUUUCAAAUAUCUAAUGUUUUUAUCCUAUUUCUGGUUCAUUUUGUUAGAGUGAAAUGAGAUGUUAAGACCCAGGAUCCAAGCCCUGAGCUAUUUGGUGCUUGGCUGUAGUUAUAUUGUUGUAAAUCAAUUUAAUUUGAUUUUUAGAGGUGUGUUGGGUUUUUUUGGUAAGCAUGUUUACCAGUGUUGGUAACACACAAGAGUUGAAUUGCCUGUCAAGAAGUAUGAUAAUAAACAAUCUAAUAAAAUAUUGAGUAACAUUCAAAAUUAAUCACUCUCAAAAGACAAAUAAACGUUCCUUUCUAAAAUCAAAUGCCUCAUAGAGUCAACAGUGAUUUUUUUUAAUUAGCUUAAUUGUGUGAUAACUGUGAUGUAUCUUAACUGGCUUGUAGAUUCAAAAAGCAGAACUGCAAAUGAAUCAUGACGUACUGGGUAAAAAUGUGGCUCCAUUGAAACCAGCAGGAAUACCUUCACUGAUUUCAACAGUGCCAGGAGUUCAUCCAGCAUUUUUAUAUCCGCAAUUCUCUUCUGAUCUUUCUCCCUUGUUUAAUGUAAUUGACCUAAUUUAUGUGUAUGUGAGUCAAAAGACAGACUGAUUCAUUUAGAAAGUGACCGUUGAGGGGUUUUUUAUCAUGAAUUUUGUAGGACCAGCAUCCUUGUCAAAUGAAAAGGUUCUAUAUUACUUUAGAAUGUAAUAGAUCUUUGUCUUAUUUUAUGACCUGUAAAUUAUUAGUUAGACACUGUUAGCAUUUCAUAAUAAUGCACACAUGAUUUUUGAAUGUUUUCUGUAAAUGACAAUCAAUGUUGAUGAAGUUCCUUUCUUUAAUGCGAAAUUAAAAAAAAAACCUGUA